AUGGCUGACGAAGAACACACCUUUGAGACCGCUGACGCUGGUGCCGCCUUGACCUACCCAAUGCAGUGUUCUGCGUUGAGAAAGAACGGUCACGUUGUCAUCAAGGGCAGACCUUGUAAGAUUGUCGACAUGUCCACCUCCAAGACCGGUAAGCACGGCCACGCCAAGGUGCACUUGGUUGCCAUUGACAUUUUCACCGGCAAGAAGUUGGAGGAUUUGUCUCCAUCGACCCACAACAUGGAGGUGCCAAACGUCACCAGACAGGACUACCAGUUGUUGGACAUUGACGACGGUUUCUUGUCCUUGAUGACCGCUGACGGUGACACCAAGGACGAUGUCAAGGUGCCUGAGGGCGAGGUUGGUGACAAGAUCCAGGCCGACUUCGACGAGGGCAAGGACUUGAUCAUCUCUGUCAUCUCUGCCAUGGGCGAGGAGGCUGCCAUUUCCCACAAGGAGGCUCCAAAGGGCAACUAA